CCAAUUUAAUUACCUUUGGUUGCAAACCAAAAGCAAGCAUCCGUCCGUCCUCUCCCUUCCCCUUUUCCUCCCCACACCAGGAACCUUCAUAGUACUGGUGCCACUCAUCACAUCUCCUAGCCAGCCACUUCUUCUUCCUCCCUCCCUCUAUCCUUGUUCUUCUCCUUCCUCCUCCUCUUGCUCCCCAUCCCUCCCUUGAUUUGAGUUGAGGCCUGCAUAAUCCCACAGCACAAGAUAGCACACAAACCCUUCAAUCCAGUUCAUCCCUAGCUAGCUAAUUCAUUUCAAUUCACCAGUAGCCACAAAGCCAAGAACCAAGAAACCCUGCAAUUCUAAAUUUCAAAUCCUAAGCCAUCUGCUAAUAUAAAACAAGCCCCAAAGUCCUAUACUAUCAAUAUUAACAGCACAUCACUGGUAGGGGCAUCCAGUAGCAUAUAUACCAUAAGCGCAUAGUAUACUGCUGGUCAAAGGUCAAGGCUCCAGCCAGCUGGGCGGGAGGGAGGAAGGGAGGAGGCAGGAGCAAUCGAUCGGCGUCUACCUACCUCGACCUCGAUCGCUGGAGAUGGAGUUCAGCGCCGGCCCGAUCCGUUCGGACGGCGGCGAAAGAGUGGAGCGCGCCGACGGGCAGGCGGAGGCGGUGGAGAAGGAGCACAUGUUCGACAAGGUGGUGACGCCGAGCGACGUUGGGAAGCUGAACCGGCUGGUGAUCCCGAAGCAGCACGCGGAGAAGUACUUCCCGCUGGACGCGGCGGCCAACGAGAAGGACCUCCUGCUCAGCUUCGAGGACCGCACCGGCAAGCCCUGGCGCUUCCGCUACUCCUACUGGAACAGCAGCCAGAGCUACGUCAUGACCAAGGGCUGGAGCCGAUUCGUCAAGGAGAAGCGCCUCGACGCGGGGGACACCGUCUCCUUCGGACGCGGCGUCGGCGAAGCGGCGAGAGGCAGGCUCUUCAUCGACUGGCGCCGGCGACCCGACCCGCCCGUGCAGUACCACCGCCUACCGCUCCCGUCCGUCCCCUUCGCGCCAUGGGCGCACGCGCACCCGACCGCGGUCGGCACCAGGACGGUUCUCCGCCUGCCGCCCUCGCCCUCCUCUCUCUACGACUCCCACUGCCGGCACGUCGCGUACGACGUCAACGAGCCCAGCAGCAGGCAGCUGCUCUUCUACCGGCCGCACCAGCAGCAUCAGCAGGCCACGGUGGUGCUGGAGUCGGUACCCGUGCGGAUACCGACAACGCCAGGGCACGCCGAGCCGCCCUCGGUGGCGUCGUCGGCCUCGAAGCGGGUGCGGCUGUUCGGGGUGAACCUCGACUGCGCGGGCUCCGAGGACGAAAACGGCGGCCGGAGAACGGCGCCGUCGACGCGGGCCCGGAUACUGCAGCCGCCCUCGCUGCCGUCAUCGUCGUCCUCCUCCGGGAAAGCGAGGUGCUCCUUGAAUCUUGACUUGUGAAGGCGGUGGUCGUGGUCGUACGAUCUACCACCACUACUUCCCAGCCACUUCUGCCGCCACUGACUGCACAAAGGGUCGUCCGGAGAGGAUCAGAAGUCAAGAAAGGAGGAGGCGGCGGCGGCCGCCGGUGAAAGGCGGAGCACCUAGCAAUCUUCGUAAUCCGUAUAUAGCUCAUCUCUCUUAAUUUCCUUUAGCAAUUGCAGUGUGAGGGGAAACAAGAAAAAAUAAGGACGAAGCAACAGCAAAAAAAAAUCUUGUUGAUGGUUAAUUUCUUGCUUCGAUUUGCUUUUGAUUUCCCUGUGUGCCUAAUUAUAAUUAGCUUGGUUUUAUAUAGCUCCUCCUCUGAUGUCUGGAAACUAAUACUAUAUAUUAGAUCGAAGAAGAAUUGAUUUACUGCAAUUCUGAAAUCUAAUUGCGUAUUACCAUGACAAGUGUGCUCCCCACAUAUGAUAACAAAUAUUAUGCACUGCAUGAUAUAGAGUUUAUCAACUCUUGGGGAUAACAA